CUCGCCGCCGCAGCUGCUGGUGGGCUCGUGGCUGCCGCUAAUUACCUCAGCUGGGGGGCCGUGGGAAGACUUGGAGGGCGAAGGUGGGAAAACAGUAAUCACUCUCAGUGAGGACCAAAACAACUACACUGAGCCAACUUGCGAGAGGAGGUGGUCCCAAACAAGCUUUGGAGGAGUUCAUUUGUGAGCGAUGGCUACGUUGCGUUUCGGACAGCACAUCAUAAAGGCCACGUCCGUGUUCCUGCAAACAGAGCUGACCUUUGCCCUGGUCAACCGGAAGCCUGUGGUUCCUGGUCAUGUUCUAGUUUGUCCAUUAAGACCUGUGGAACGGUUCCGUGACCUUCGUCCGGAUGAAGUGGCCGACCUGUUCACCACCACCCAGAGAGUGGCCAACGUGGUGGAGCAGCACUACAGGGCCUCGUCUUUGACCAUCGCCAUACAGGACGGACCCGAGGCCGGACAGACGGUGAAGCAUGUCCACGUCCACGUGUUGCCGAGGAGAGCCGGGGACUUCGAGAGGAACGACAGCAUCUACGAUGAGCUCCAGAAGCAUGACAAAGAGACUGAAGAUGUUCCGGCCAAGUGGAGAUCAGAGGAAGAGAUGGCGAAAGAAGCCUCAGAGCUGAGAGGCCUCUUCAGUUAACUUCCUCUGAGCCUGAUGUGGUGAUCCAACCUGAAGAAGAAGAUUCAACAUGUUCAAACAUUUCAGGGAUUUAUUUGUCUUGAAUAAAACUGAAUUUAAUUUCUGCAUUAAAAUAUGUAAACGUA